AUGGCGUCCGUCACAUGUCGUGGUGAUCUUCACAUGGCCGGUGCUGGUGCACUGCCAGGGUCAGCCCUGCCCCGUUUGGACAUCCUCACUCUCAAAUGUCCCUCUCAGACGACCGUCACCGAACUCACGGACUUUCCUAAUAUCUCUCGGUCUCCUUCCAUCGUCUCCAUCGACUCCCAGUCAACCGAGAAAUGUGUCUCCCCGACCGACUCGGCCAUCUCGUCCGAACCUCCUUCCCCCACGAUGGAGACCCAUAGGAGGAAGAGGAUCGAGCCGUCUGGCUCGAGAAGCCCAGUUUCACCUGCUCGCUCGGCGGGUCCGCGAGCAGCUUCUUCCAGACCUUCAUCAGCGGCAAACUCGAUCCAUCACUCGCGCUCCAACUCGCGGAGUACCGCGCGGUCUCGCCCGCAGAGUCGACAUAGUUCCUUCCAUUCACCUCGACGGCCCGCCAACGCGAGCAUCGUGCCAGUCCCCUCGUCUCGGCCAAACCCGCUCGAUAAACGAGAGUCCCUACUAGCACUACACCGCGAGUCAUGUCGUCUAUUUCAAGAUCACGAGCAUCAGCAACAACCGUCCUUAUCCAAAUACUCCACCGACGAGCCCCGCCCUUCUUUAUAUCGCGCUCCCUCUACAUCCUAUAGAUCCAAGCGGGACGCCCGCACCUCCUCCGAGAACGAACACUCAGCCCCUUCAUCGCCCAUUAGCUCUUCAUAUUCCACACGACGCUUCGACUUUGAACACCGCGGCUCCGUGAGCUCGACUACAACAACCCCACAUUUCCUUCAACAUAGAGACCGCUCCAACACCAUGCCCACCAACGACAGCCAGCCACAUCACCAGGGUCACAACUACAGUCCAUCUGCUUCCUCCAUACACGUCCCGGCGACAGUGAUGGAGUGGACAUCGCCUUCAACCCGGCGGGCCGAGUACGAAAAGAUCGACCGUGCUAGCCGUGGUAUGCGAGGUCUCUGGCGCCGCGUGGCACCGCGCUGGUGUCAAAGCCGAGACUCGCGAACGCCCUUCUUCGAGGAGGGUAAGAACGCUCGUGAGGGGAGUGUGCGUCGUUUCCGUAUGGAACUGCCGGAUGAGGGAGAAGGCGACCGCAGGUCGAAGCCAUUUGAGUUUUGGGAUAGGCGUCGUGCCUGUCGGCGGUCAAACACGUCGCCCUGA